AAAAAAAACAUUUAAAUGUCUUGUCAAAUUCACGCCUUGGCAAAAAAAAACACCAAAAAAUAUUACAUUGCCGUUUUUCUGGUUUUUCCAAUCAUAAAAGCAUAAGAUGAACUCGGAGAACCGUUACCCAGUCGCGGCAUCAUUAUUCAUGUUGAGAGAAAUCAAAAACCGCCAGGAAAAGGUUCUGCGAGGAUACCAACUUUUGAAGAGAAAGACCGAAGCUUUGCGUAUACGGGGUCGGCAGGCUGCGAGCGAACUGGCGACUACCCAAGCUAUUAUGGGGCACACCUUGAGAGAGGCGUACAUAUCGCUCGCUGCUAUAAAGUUUACGAAUGGGGAGUCGAAUGCUUUAGUACUGGAAAAUGUUGGAGAGGCGCAAAUAAGGGUGCAGCGAGUCCUAGAAAACAUAUCAGGAGUCUCCACAGUUUCCCUCCAAGUUAUAGAAGACGGGUCCGCCAACGACGCCCUGCGGUACGCCGGGCUCGGCGCCGGCGGUCACCGCACGGCACAAACGAAGGACGCAUUCCGAGAGGCUACCAAAUUACUCGUUAAGUUUGCCUCUCUACGGAACACUUGCUUACUACUCGAUGAAGCUAUUAAAUCUACGUUAAGAAAAGUCAAUGGCAUUGAAAAAGUUAUAAUGCCCAAAUUACGAAACACUGAAAAUUAUAUUUUAACAGAAAUCGACGAAAGGGAAAGAGAAGAGUUUCAUCGUUUGAAAAUGGUAAAAGCAAAGAAAAACAUGGGUCAAAUUUUGCCUAAAGUCAAAUCUACUAAGGAACCAAUCUGCGGGGAUAUACUUUGUGAAAUUGACGGUUCUUCGGUCCCAUCAAUCUCCCAAGAGGAUUCUUUGGAAUGUAUUGCCGACGGGCAGAUCACCAUUUCUUCAACUACAGUCUCUGGAGGUGACUUCAAACCGGUUUGCUACCCACAUAACUGGGAUGAUGAAGAUUUGUUGUUUUAAACAUUUUGCUUGGAUUGGCCUAAUUUCAUGUAUUAAUUAGUACUUAGGUACUUUGUCAUUAAAAGUAAAUAUUAUUA